CCUAAUAUUCCUCUACCUCUUUUACACCUUGGAUUUUCAGAUUCCACCUGCGAAAGUACCUUUGAAGUUCAGCUACAUUCUCACAGGUCAUUAUUUGGGGGUUGCAGUUUCUAAAACUCAUUCUCUAGGAACGUUAUAUUUUCCUCGUUUUCGCUCACAAUUGUGAAGCUGACUGACAGUUUCUGACAACUGAUCGAUCUUCUUUGAUGUUUCUUCGGUGGCCCGCUCUGAUGGACUCACUGGAGAACGUGGCGUCUUGUUUAGUGGACAGGGACUGGAUUGCAGAGAAAAGUUCAGACAUGGAAAUGUCUUACUUUUUUCACCGGUGGAUUUUUAAUUGGAGUCUGAGGUAAAAAGGUCGCAGGACUUUCGUCCUGGUCUGUUUUGUUCUUUCUCUUGCUUGAGCUCGCAGCAUCUUGUGUAUCCAUGCUGCUUUGGUUCUCGUCGUGGCCAGCUAGCAUGUCUGCCGUCUUUAUGUGAGGCUUGGAUAUUCCGUUUAUUAUUGUCUUUCUGUCGUGUUCUUCCAAUUCAACUUGACAAAAACGAAAUCUAAACUUAUCCUAUGCCGCUAAAACAAGUUGUAGUUAGUUUCUUUCAACAGUAAUAGCCAAUGAAAGACUGUUAAAACCACUUAACCCUCAAUGUUGCUUUGACAAGCGAGAGAACACGCCCUCAGCGACGCCAUCUUGGACAUCCUGAGGAAUCUACUUCCAGACUGUGGUCUGUUCAUCUCAAUACUUCAAAACUCCUAAACACGUCACAAAUCUGGUACGUGGGUCUUUCCAGUGAGUUGGGGAAGAAUGAGGAACCAUGGCACAGUUUGAAACCUUGAUAUGGACUGUAACUAUUAUAUUGGUGCUUGAAAGCAUCGGAUCCUGUAUUGCAUGUGGUAGAGCUGAGUACAGAAUAAGGGAUGAAUGUUGUCCCAUGUGUUCACCAGGAUAUCAUGUACAUAGUCAUUGUACUACAUCUACAUUCACCUCCUGUGUGCCCUGUAUUGACUCCACCUUCCUUGAUGAGCCCAGUGGUAAAACAACAUGCAACAACUGUACCACAUGUGAUCCAGGUUUUGGUUUGAUGGUAAAGCAGCCAUGUACACCUUCAUCAGACACUGUCUGUGGGACACUGGAGGGGUUCUACUGUCUAGACCCAACUAAAGAUGGUUGUAGAGCAGCCCAGAGACACAGCAGCUGUAAACCUGGUCAAUACAUCAGUCACACAGGAACAACAUCUACAGAUACUGUGUGUGCUGCCUGCCCUGGUAAAACUUAUUCAGAUGGAUCAUUAACAUCUUGUCAACCACAUACAGACUGGUGUUUGUUUAUUUAUGAGAAGAAGAAAAAUGGUGAGAACAAGACAAAACAUAGGCCCUCAAAUACCUACACAGGCAUCCCCAGAUCAGGAAAUACCAAUGCUAUCUGGGGGAAAGGGAAAUGGAAACGAUUCAAGCCCCCAUCACAGUCAGUGACUCUGCAUUCUGUGUUCCACUGGCUGGCUGGCCCAGCCAUCUAUAGUGUAUCUUAA